AGCGAAUAAAAGCAGCGAAGUUCUUCCACGCUUCAUUGUGUCACUCAGGCAGGACUUUGCACUCGCAACAUAACAUGAGUUUAUGCGGCAUUUGAAAUAGUCUACAAGGGACGAUUGCCAACUUCAAGUAGUUCAAGACAAAAGCAAGUGAGGAUGGACAGGACUGAUGACACCAACAGCUACACGGGAUCCAUCCAGUCCAACGGCUACUCCGCCUCGGACGAGGUGUCGUCACAGCUGUCGUCGCAGGUGUCAUGUAUGUCGAGGCCCAGUGCAAAGUCAAUAUACCUGCGAAGGAAGGAGUACGCCGCCUCCAUGAACAAGAACAUCACCUAUUUCCAUUACAGAGUGGAGCAUCUACUCACAUGCGAGCUGGACGGUGAGGAGCUGGGAUGCCUCGCCGACUGCGUGGAGCGCCUCAGUCUGCUUGACACGAUGGGCCGGGUGUGGAGUCAGAACAUGCUGCUGGAGGUCAAUGGGCCAGAUCUGCUGCUCUCAGACACAGAGAGCAAGGAGGUGUUGGAGACCAUCAAUCUGCAUGACGUCAUGCAGCUGAAGGCCAUAUUGGACACUUCGGCAUCCAACUCGCUGCUGGCGUUGACGGUCAAAGCCAGCAGGAAACCCACCACCAGCGUCUACCUCUUCCACUGUGAGGACGUCAGAGCUGACCAUGUCCAAAAAGGUCUCUCCCAAGCACGCUUACGCAGUGCGUCCCAUGAAGGAGUGCACAGAGCAAGUAACGUGGAAACCACAGAAAAAGCUCAUCAGUGGGCGACGCCUGAUUAUAAUGAUGAUGGCGUGUCUGACACCGACUUGGUUACACCUCAGAAGGAUGAUGAUUAUGAGGAGGAGGGGGUGUCCACCAAAGCAGAACCUUCACAUCCUCCGCGCCCAUACACAGAGUUGGACAGAAAUGUGGACAUCCUGAAUCGUAUCGUUACUGACAUUGAGAUAUUCAUGGGGAAAGUGGCUGCAAUAGUAAGCAAAAACGGAAAGAAAAAAAAUUGGAAAAGAAAAAAAGAGAAAGUCAUGGCUGGUAUGCCCCCUGCUGGAGAGUUUGCAGCAUGUCUUCAUAAGGUCAAAUGUGGCUUCAAUCUUCUGGUGGAGCUCAAGGGAAAGAUCCGGAAUCCAGAUGUCUCUGAAUUCGUCCACUCCCUAUUCUCUGUGUUAGGUUUUCUUGUGCGUCACUGCCCUGAGGACCUGCCUCCAAGCAUCGUAGCUCCUCUGCUGACUCCUCAGUGUAUCUGUCUGAUGAGCGAGGAGGCCACUGCAGGGGAGGACCAGCUGUGGCAGUCUUUGGGAGACGCCUGGAACAUCCCCAGCACCAAAUGGCCCGAGGAUGACGAGGACAUCCCAACAUACACUCUGGAGUUCUUUGACGGCUGGCAGCCUCCUGAGCUGAGCGAGGAACCUGCGCCUUCUGCUGCCGGCCCAGCAGUGAGGGCACAGGAGGUUCGUCAGGCCCCAUCCAUCCAGAAGACCACCAAGACAGAACCCGUCAAAAAGACAGCACCGCCUCCUGCACCAGCAAUAACACCUGUGGCAAGGAUGCAUGCAAGGCCGCGUGAGAAGAAGCUGCGGCGCAUGCGAGUUAUGCGGGACUUCGCCUCCAGGAACCCCAGAGAGCUGACCAUCACAAAAGGCGAAGUCGUGGAGCUGCAGGACGUAUCCAAGCUGUGGUGGAAAGUGAGGAACAGCAGAGGAGAGGAAGGAUUUGUCCCCAACAAUGCCCUAACGGAAGAUGUAGAUCAAGCUGAUGACACGCCAACUGAAAGCUCUCCUGUCUUAAGCAAGAAAUCCAAACCAGCAGAUGUGAAAGCCUGGCUUGAACACCUGGGCUUCACUAAGAUAACGGUGCGUUGUCUGGGCGUGCUGAGCGGCUCCAUGCUCCUGGGUAUGACCCGGGAGGAACUGAAGACAGUGUGUCCAGAAGAAGGAGGGAGGGUCUUCUUCCAGUUACAAGCAGUCAGGUCUUCCAUCAUGGCUGUGAGUGAGCGCUUCUUCUGUUUACAAAAAGACCGUAAAUUAGAAAGAUUCUGCAGUGAAAGCUUGUUUUUCCUCCCUACUGCACACUACAGACUGGAUCAACAAAUAUGA